GUUCUCCAUUUCUUGAAGGUAUCCGACUUUGAGGCCACGGCUGGCGGCGAUCGACCCAACGUUGUGCUCAUCGGCGGUAUUCAUGGCGACCAACCCGUCGGCAGAGAGUUAUUGAUACGAUUCACAAAACACUUGAUUGAAGGUUACAAACGCCGCGACCCGAGAGUCACUCAUAUGUUGCAGUCAUUGACACUACACGUGAUCCCGUCGGUGGACGACAUGGGCUUUGAGCGGUCAGUGAGCGGACAGUGCGACCGAUCGUUGAACGUGACCAACGACUUGGAGGACAAGUUUGCCGAAGAGUUUGCCAAUAAGUUCGGUGCCAUUGAAGCGCUUAAGAAGAAUUUCGAACUCUUUAAGUACGUGACGGGUCUGAGUGUGGAGUCUCACGGACUGGGCGUUGAAUUACCACUGAUGUUGAAUUUAGACGAUCUGAACGGUCAGUCCCUUUCGUCGAUGGGCUUCAAAGCACUCACCACUGCAUACAAAGCGAACAAUCCAUCCCUUUUGGUUGACAUUAAGUGCAACGAAACAAAAGUGAUUAAAACGUAUAAAAAGUUGUCACACAUUCAUAGUGUCGGACAAUCGCUGUUAGACUACGGGUUUGCCGAUCACAAGACACUGAUGAUGACGGCGCGCGUCGACUGUUGUUCAUACCCAUUGUCUUACGAGUUGCCACAACUUUGGAAGAAUAAUAUGGAGUCAAUGAUGAGUUUCUUGGAGACCAGUAUAACAGGCAUAACUGGUUAUGUGUUGGACUCGUCUAAUGCCGUACCGAAAGCAGUGUCCGUUAUUAUGGAGGGCUUUGAAGAGCCCAUAGAAAUCGAGUCGAAGACCGGGAGAUUUAAUUUGGUUUUAAAUGCCGGCGUUUAUACCAUUCACUUCUCUGCGCCCGGCUUUGAGAACAAGACAUUAUCGGUAACCGUAAAGACCAAUGAAAAUAAGAAAAUAAACGUGAUUCUCGAUUCUACCGGUCUAUUGAUGUCUUACCAUAAUUACGAAACAAUGGCCACACUUCUGGCCAAUUACUCCGAUAAAUACCCAGACAUUACAUCACUGUUUAGUAUUGGAGAGUCGGUACAAAAGCGCAAACUAUUGGUCUUUAGGAUCGGUUUGGAAUCUGCGAGAAGAGGCGCCGAAACAGCUAACGUCCGGUUCAUCGGUGGUCUUCAGGGUCACGAAAGGUCAUCCACUGAACUCCUGAUCCAAUUGAUUGAAUAUCUGUUGAGUCACUACAAGAAGGACACGUUUAUCACUCAAUUGAUUGAUAUGACACACAUCUAUGUGCUGCCGAUGGCCAACCCGGAUGGCGCCGAAUUGGCUCAGUUGGGCCGUUGCGAUAGCACCAAAGGCCUGACCAACGCCAAGAAUGUCGAUUUGGAUCAGUCAUUCUUCGAUGCAUCUCUUGAGUCGAAAACUCCGCCCGAAACCAAAGCAAUUAUGAAAUGGACUAAAGCCGAGAACUUCUUGGUAUCGGUGACGCUGAGGACAGGCGGUAAUGUCGUUACCUAUCCGUUCAGUUCAACCGAUUCCUCGAUCACUCGGCGACCACUUUCAGAGAUUGACAAACAAUCGUUUGAACACUUGGCGUACAUCUACUCCAAA